AACGCAGCAUUAAUCGCAGCGCUAUGGGACGAGUUGGAUAAUGAGUGAUCUGCUGACUGGUUGGGAUUUUCUGAUGAGCUGAAAGGAUCCCGCUGAGUUAUGAUGGUCUAUGAGCGGCAGGUAGGGAGGCUGAGCGGCUCUUCGCCUUUCUGGGGAUGCUUUUAGUUUUAAUUUCACUCCCUUUGAGUCUCAGAUAACAUGUUAAAGACCCAUUUUUUCCCUCCUGACGUGGUAGAUCUUCCGCAACUCGGGCGCAGAGACAAUGACAGCGCUGUGUUUUAACCGUGCGCUGGAAUAGAGACUGAAAACCUGAAAAGAGCAGCAGGAAAGUUUCCCCUGAAGACAGAAACCCAAAAUGUUUGAAGCCUCAGGAAUCCCACUCAUCUUCCUAGAUGUUAUUUGCAUCAUCCUCGUUGGUCUGCCGUUUUUCAUUCUUACGCCUAAACAUGACCCCUUCAAGCGGGGUUUCUUCUGCAAUGAUGAGUCCAUCAGAUACCCCUUAAAGGAGGAAACCAUACCCUACCAACUGCUUGGAGGAGUCAUGAUUCCCUUCACUCUCAUAGUUCUCAUCUGUGGUGAGUUUAUGUCCGUUUACCUAUCUCGCAUCAAGAAUCGCCCCUUGGGAAAGAAGUAUUUGUUGUGCAUCUACAAAACGCUGGGGAGUUGUUUGUUUGGAGCUACUGCCAGCCAGUCUCUGACUGACAUCACCAAAUACUCCAUCGGCCGACUGCGCCCCCACUUCCUGGCUGUGUGCAAACCAGUGUGGGCUCAGAUCAACUGUAAAACAGGAGAAUAUGUGGAGAACUUCACCUGCACUGGGGAUGAGUUUGAGGUGGCCGAAGCCAGAUUGUCCUUUUCUUCCGGUCAUUCUUCCUUCUCCAUGUACUGCAUGCUGUUCCUUGUUCUAUACCUUCAAGCCAGAAUGAGGUCAAAGUGGACACGGCUUCUACGUCCCUUGCUCCAGUUCUUCCUGACUGCCACUGCAAUAUACGUGGGUCUGACCCGAGUGUCUGACUACAAACACCACUGGAGUGAUGUGGUCGCUGGCCUCCUGCAGGGGGGUUCGGUGGCUGUUUUCACUGUGUUCUGCGUCUCCAACUUCUUCUCUCAGCCAGUGGAACCAGUAGUUUCGCAAGAGGAAGAGGCCUCUCACACCAGUUUACAGGAUAACCCCAGCAAUGGUAACCACUACGGCAGCACUGAAUGACUUUGGUGCCUCAAAGACGUUUCUCUGCUCAGCCUCUAGUGCAAAAGGAACUCAAAGUGGACCUAAACCCAUGAAUAAACAGCACGUCUUCUAAAUUGCCUGCUGCGCGUUGGGAAGAAUGUCCUCUGCCAGCUUUGAUUACAUGGUGCCAUUCUUUGCAGCACGAAGGCUUUAGCUGCUACCUGGUGUAGCUUCAACUACAGAGACAAAUGAUCUGCGCUGUUUACUUGUAGCAAAUACUUGUCUGAUUUGCCUCCUUGAAUGAAUAUUCCUUUUUUUUUUUUAAAGAUAAUGAGCCUCUGUAUCCAUGCUGCAAGCUGGCUUGUAGAGGUUUGGUUGUACCUUUGCUUAAGGAAACUGGGAAUGUCUUAUAAACAAGGUCUGAGAUUUUAAAAAUAAUAUAUUUUAUAUUGAUUUUUGCCUUAGAUCUAUGCUGCUGCCUGAUGUCAGCUUCUUCCCAGAUGUAAUUGUAUAUGUAAAAUACAAUCUUAUUUUGUUUGUUUUUUUGCCAGGCAGUGAGUCUGAAAGUGCUGAUAUGUUGUUUUUUUUCCCCCUGAAUUUUUAAAAUAUAUUGUUAUGACAAACAAGAACAUUAUGUAUUUUUGUCUGGAAAAUACAAAUCAGAUGGUGUUGAAGCAGUAGAUUUCUGAAAAUGUACCACAGUAAACACUUCAUGAGGCAGAUUUACAAUUCAAGUAGGUAAGGAAGUAACAAGCAUGCAAUCUUUUAAGUGCCUUUACCAAGUUAUAAUUAGAGGAUUUUGCAAAAAAAAAAAACAGGCUUUAUAUUUUCUUAUAUUGCUUAUUUUCUCUGAUUACUGUUACAGUAGUGCCUAUUUGGGAAGCAGAGGUAAAAUGACCAUCAUUUAAAACCUUUUAUAAAGAAAGACCUGAUGUGGGAUGUAUUAAUAGUGAACUCUACAUAAUCAAGUACAGUUACUUUUCAAAGGCACCUGGUUAGUUAAUAAUUUUUAUUGUUGGAUUAUACCGAACAUGCCCGCCCUGUGAGGAUGCAUGGUAAGGGCAGCAUCAUCCUGUGGUAAAGCUUUUUUUUAAGCAAGGACAAACAAGUCAGUAGGUCUUUGGAGGCUGGUAAACACUUGAGACCAGGGUUAUGAUUUAGCUCCCAGCGUAGAAGCAAUAGAGUUAUACCCAUAUAAUAAAAUGGCGAAGUCAAAGUCUAGACUCAGAUCUGAUUAGGGAUUUGAGGUUAAGCCUCAGAAUAGCUCUCAUUCAGUUUCACACUUGUCUGGAUGGAUUAUCUAUGAGGUUGAUUCCUGUUUGUGAAAAGAAAGGGAAACUAAAGCUUUUGGGUCCCAUUAAAAUGUUUAAUUUCUGUUCAUCUGUUGAAUUAAUAAACCAAUAAAAUAUAUGAAACAUA